GCCCCCUCCUCUCCUUCCCUCCACGGGUGUAAGCCGAGCGGCCUCGCCUCACCGCUUAGCGCCCCCCUCUGCUGCCGCUGCCGCCGUCACCUCCGCCCGCCGGCCAUGUCCCCCGGCCGCCGUCGCCGCCGCCGCCCGAGCACGGCGCUCCCGCGGCCCUGCGCGCACUGAGCGCGGGGCCCACUUGCCGUCCGCCCGCCCCGGGGCCCCCUUGUUUUCAGCGCCGCCGCCGCCGCCAUGUUGGGUUUAGAGCCGCAGCGGAGUCGCCGCCGCCGACGCCGGUGAAGGAGGCCGAGAGCGGAGCCCGCCCCGCCCCGGGGCCCAAGGAGCGGGGCCGCCUCGGAGCCCGGCCUCUCCCUGCCCGCCGCCUUCCCGGCCCGCCCGCCCUGCGAGCGAGGGAGCGAGCGCCGGGCCGCGCCUUCCGCUCGCGGCCCGAGCGAGCCCGCUGCACGUUCGUUCCCCUGCCGCCGGGCCGGGCCAGAGCCUGCAGCGGAGCCCUUGAGAGUCAGCGCCAUGGCGGAGCAGACCUACUCGUGGGCCUAUUCCCUGGUGGAUUCCAGUCAAGUGUCUACAUUUCUCAUUUCCAUUCUGCUGAUAGUCUACGGUAGUUUCAGGUCCCUUAAUAUGGAUUUUGAAAAUCAAGAUAAAGAGAAAGACAGUAGCAGUUCUUCCGGGUCUUUCAAUGGCAACAGCAGCAAUAACAGCAUCCAGACGAUCGACUCUACCCAGGCCCUGUUCCUUCCCAUUGGAGCGUCUGUCUCUCUCCUAGUAAUGUUCUUCUUCUUUGACUCAGUUCAAGUAGUUUUUACAAUAUGUACAGCAGUUCUUGCAACGAUAGCUUUUGCUUUUCUUCUUCUCCCGAUGUGCCAGUAUUUAACAAGACCCUGUUCACCUCAGAACAAGAUCUCCUUCGGCUGCUGUGGGCGUUUCACUGCUGCGGAGCUGCUGUCGUUCUCUCUGUCUGUCAUGCUCGUCCUCAUCUGGGUUCUCACGGGCCACUGGCUCCUCAUGGAUGCGCUGGCCAUGGGUCUCUGUGUCGCCAUGAUCGCCUUCGUCCGCCUGCCCAGCCUCAAGGUCUCCUGCCUGCUUCUCUCAGGGCUCCUGAUCUACGAUGUCUUUUGGGUGUUUUUCUCCGCCUACAUCUUCAAUAGCAACGUCAUGGUGAAGGUGGCCACCCAGCCAGCUGACAAUCCUCUCGAUGUUCUUUCCCGGAAGCUCCACUUGGGGCCCAACGUCGGGCGUGAUGUUCCUCGCCUGUCUCUGCCUGGAAAGCUGGUUUUCCCAAGCUCCACAGGCAGUCACUUCUCCAUGCUGGGCAUCGGAGACAUCGUGAUGCCCGGGCUUCUGUUGUGCUUUGUCCUCCGUUACGACAACUACAAAAAGCAGGCCACCGGCGACUCCUGCGGCGCCUCCGGACCCGCCAACAUUUCCGGACGCAUGCAGAAGGUCUCCUACUUCCACUGCACCCUCAUUGGAUACUUCGUAGGUCUGCUCACGGCUACCGUGGCGUCUCGCAUUCACCGAGCAGCCCAGCCGGCCCUUCUCUACUUGGUGCCAUUUACCUUAUUGCCACUCCUCACGAUGGCUUAUUUAAAGGGCGACCUGCGGCGGAUGUGGUCGGAGCCCUUCCACUCCAAGUCCAGCAGCUCCCGGUUCCUGGAAGUAUGAUGGGCUGCGGAGUGCGACCGGAGUGGCCGUCUUAGUCCUUUUCUGUCAGCGCCUGGUUUUGUUUCCUCUUAGAGUUGGCCUGGUACUCGGAGACGUACCUGUUUAAGGAACUGACGAGUGACUGGAUUUGCGUUUGCGGGGAGCUCGUUUGCAGGAGCGAGGUGCUGGAGCUCUGCUUGGACCCUUCUCUCCUGCCCUGGCAGAGGGGGAGCCCCUGCUGGAGGGACGGGCCCUCCCCAGCGCUCCUUCCUCCCCCGCAUUUCUGGUCCUGCCCCAGACUGUUACCUGAGAGGGACGGGGACAGAGACGGGCCUGUUCAAACUGACAACGGCAAGGAUCGCCCUAUGCCUUUGGAACACUAAAAGGAUGAAAAACGUUAGCAAGCCGAAGUUUCUUCAGUGAACCCUCAAGAACUUUGGGACCAGUUUCCUGUGGGGGACUCAGUUUCAGAGAAGCGAGACAGAAGCUCUUCUGUCGUUAUAAUCUUCUUUCCUUUUUUGGAUUUAUUAAAUAUUUUCUGUGGUGUGAAGUGACUUAUUAAAUCCACAGACAUUGAGUGACUUCUUACAACAUACACAUAAGAAUUGCUGUAAAGAGUUCGUGUCCACCCAGAUGUUGUGUUGGCAGUGAACGAGGGCACGGUUUUUAUACAUCCACACACGCACAUAGAUAUGUAUGAAUAAACAGAACCUAAAACCCGCUCAGAUCAUGCUGUGCAGCAGACAGGGCUUGCAGUAAUCGUUAGCAUGUAGCGCUGUUCCCUCGGGCUUCCUCGUGUACGGACCAGCUGCCGUCUCCCCUCCACAGCGAACAUGCAGUUAGAAGCCAGUAUCGUAUCGUACUGAUAGACUCACGGCCUCUAGGGGACUCCCAUUCGGUUCCGAUCAGUGUAGCAAAUUAGGGAUGAAAAGAGACACCUUCCUGGCCCGGUUCUUUUGUGUUCCCAGGCUUCUCCGCGCAGGGGGUUCUUAGUACUUCCUUCUCGAACUGAUGCAUGUACUAUAGCAGCAGGCGUCUUCGUGCUUUCUGAUCAUAGUAAUGUACUACUUGUAAAUACAUUUUUCUAUUUUCUAUUUUUUUGUAUUUUUUUGGCAUUUUUGUUUCAUCGGUGUGCUGUAUUUUCCAUGCCCUCACUCCUUUAAGAAAAAAAAAAGGAAAAAACACAAUCCUGUCCUUGCUCUUGUGAUUAUAAUCUUGGUUUACCUGUGGUGACACCCGGGGACUGGGGACAAAUGUCAAGUGCUCCUCCGAGAUGCACCCUGCAUUCCAGGAAUUGUGGGAAGGGCAAGCUGCUCCGCGCCUGUAGGAUCUGACCGUGUGCCGUGGUCUGUGCCGCAGAGCCAGUGCGCUGGGGGUGCCUGGUGGCAGGGGCGUCCGCUUGCCCUUGGGGGAGCAGCCCCAGCCUGGGGGGAAGCUGCCCGCUGCUCGGAGGCGGAGAGGUGCCUGGGUUGGCCCGCAGCCCAGCGGCAGAGGCUGCAGGAGGACCCGUGUCCUGGCUUCCCCCGACACCGGUGGCGCCCCUCUGCCGUGCGGUAAACCGGCGUGCUGCGGCUCCUGUCCCGGAAGGCACAGAGGGUGGAGCUCAUGGCUGUGCACGGCGCGCCGUUGGGAGUGUCCAGCGAACAGGACUGUGUGCUCUUCAAACCUCUGUGUCUUCAAAUCCUGCUGAGGGCUGUUCGUUUUUUUUUGUUGUUUGGUUGUUUUUGUUUUUUAAUAAACGACUCCUUUCUAGA